AUGGCAUUACGACGGAUCCUGGACUUGUUCGUCCACCAGGUCCUUGGCAUCAAUGUCACUGAACGUUACACUGCAAUGCCAGCAGACGUGGACGAGCAGGCUAGGGAUAUCCUCGACUCUGCCGAUAUCUAUGUAGAGGACGAACCAUCGGUGGCAGAGUGGUUCAAGGAAUUGGCCCCUUCAAGGAGAGGAGCCAUCGAAUAUAUAACCAGUCUAUUCCCGUCGGCGUCGUGGAUUCAGCGAUACAAUAUUCGAUGGUUGGCAGGCGACAUGGUUGCUGGAAUAACUAUUGGUUUGGUCGUUGUACCUCAAGCAUUGGCGUAUGCUUCGUUGGCGGAUCUGACGCCGCCAUACGGCUUGUACACCUCUUUUGCGGGAGCAGUCUUGUACUGGAUCUUUGGGACGUCCAAAGACAUCGUCAUCGGUCGCGCCGGUGUGCCGAAAAUCGAAAUGAAUUUGGUUAAGCAGGUAAUAUCAGAAUUGCCUGCCGUGGCCAUCAUCUUGGUCAUUGAGCACAUUGCCAUAGCGAAAGCUAUGGGUAGGCUGUAUAACUACACGAUGAACCCGUCCCAGGAAAUCGUAGCGCUUGGCGCUGCCAAUCUUCUCAGUCCAUUUGUUGGUGGCUACGUCUGCACAGGAUCCUUCGGUGCUUCUGCUGUCCUCUCCAAGGCAGGAGUCAGAACCCCUCUGGCUGGACUAUUCAGUGCCGGGGUGCUUAUUCUUGCACUAUAUGCCUUGACUGGAGUCUUCUAUUAUAUCCCCAAAGCUGCUCUCGCUGGUCUCAUUAUCCAUGCUGUUUGCAACUUGCUCACGCCUCCUCGGAUCUUAUUCAAAUAUUGGCAACUAUCACCCGUUGAAUUUUUAAUCUGGGUUGUUGGAGUCGCCUUGGCCAUAUUUGUGUCUCUCGAGGCAUCCAUUUAUGCAGGCACAGCCCUCUCAAUUAUUUUGGUGUUGGUUCGGCUAGCUAGGACGCGUGGAACAUUCUUGGGAGUUAUAAAGGUUAAAAGAAUUUCAGUAGGGAAAGUAAACGGGUCUGGCGGAGGCCGUUCUGCCUGCAACAAAACAUACCAUGCUGCACCGGAUGCGUUUAUACCCCUCGACAGAUCAGGACCCAUUAAUCGAGACAUCAAACUUGAAUCUCCCUACCCGGGUGUUUUCAUUUACCAGCUACAUGAGGGAUUCAAUUACACCAAUCAAGCGUACCACAUUGACAUUUUAGCCAAAUAUAUUGAGCAGAACACGCAAAGGUUGUCUGAUGAAGGCUACGAGAAAGAGUCGGAUCGUCUUUGGAAUGACGCCGGGGGAAGGACGCACCAACCAAACUCUCACCUUCUUCCAUAUCUGCGUGCCAUUGUCCUUGAUUUUGGGGCAGUGAAUCAUGUCGACAUUACGUCGGUACAAGGGCUCAUCGACUUGAGGAACCAACUAGAUAACUAUUCCGCGCCGGAUACUGUUGAGUGGCAUUUUGCAAAUAUCCAUAACCGGUGGACGCGACGCGCUCUAGGUGUAGCGGGCUUUGGCUAUCCGACAGCAGAAAAUCCCGAGGCUGUCAGAAAUUGGAGACCCAUAUACAGCGUUGCGGCGACACUUUCAGAGAAGGAAGGGCCGUUUGGAGACGAGAACCGGUGCGUUACAGACACUGACACUGAUGGGGAACGGGCGCGAGGAGCUACCACCCCAGUCCCAGGAGACACGAAGAGGCCAGGGAGUUGGGAGCGUUCGAGCGGAGCCGACAAUCCACGGAUGGCUACAAUUCACGGCGUUAACAGACCUUUUUUUCAUGGUGAUCUUUACAGUGCUGUGGAGUGCGCAGUCACUGAUGCCCAAAGUAAGAACUCGUCGGCCAUAGUUUGA